CACUGGGCGCGAAUAUCCCAAAGUCCGAAAAUGUACACCUGGGUACGGGUUCUGGGACGAGUGGGAAAACUACACCCAAAGGAACAGUCACGAUGACCCCACCAUUCAGCCCGCGCGUAGGAUCUAGUAAGAUUAGUGGCGCGAUAUCAAGGCAGUAA